UUUUAUCAUAAUUAUGCCAAAAUGGCGGAUUUUAUUACUAUUUUUUGCCAUUUAAAGUGAUGACAACAUCAAACAGCAGCGUUGGCAAGCAAAGAAAGAUACGAAACGAAAAUGCCGUUAUUCACGAACAAGAGGUUAUAAUCUCCUCUUCUGCCAACCGGUCAUAAGCCAGGUAACUUCGCCUCUUCUACCUGUGGCAUUUUUCAAAUUCCUUGAGUGUUUUUGUUGACGUUGCACUUGCACGCAGGUCAGUUAUGUCAGUGAAGCUAAACUUUAGUAAAUCAUAAACAAUGGCAAAGAAAAUGCAACCAAAUAAUGAAAGAGCAUGGUGGAUCAUAUUCAGUGUGAUUUGUGCACUAACCAUAUUUACAAGAUUCUAUAAAAUUGCAGAACCUGAUCAUGUUUGUUGGGAUGAAACACACUUUGGUAAAAUGGGUUCUUGGUACAUCAACAGAACAUUCUUCUUUGAUGUUCAUCCACCUUUAGGCAAAAUGUUGAUUGGUUUAUCUGGGUAUCUCACUGGGUAUAAUGGAAGUUUUGCUUUUGAUAAACCAGGUGACAAAUAUGAGAAUGUUAGUUAUCUGGGAAUGAGAGUGUUUUGCACUGCUUUGGGUGCAACAAUUGUCCCAAUGACUUUCUUGACUGUGGAUGAGAUGACUGAGAGUUUAAUGGCCUCUACAUUUGCUUCAUUGUUAAUAUUGUUUGAUGUUGGCUUGUUAACAUUAACACAGUACAUUCUACUUGAUCCAAUACUCUUGUGCUUCAUGGUUGGAUCCAUUUUGGGGGCAGUAAAAGUUUCAUCAUUGAGAAUUCCAGAUUUCAGUGUAUCAUGGUGGUGUUGGCUGAUGUUCACUGGAACAAUGCUAGCCUGCUGUAUUUCAGUCAAGUUUGUUGGACUUUUCAUUGUGUUAUUGGUUGGAUUCAUUACAAUUUCUGAUUUAUGGAGGACAUUAGGGGAUUUGACUAAACCAGUGAUUGUUACAAUCAAACAACUCUUCUGCAGAGCACUUUGUCUCAUCAUCUGGCCAAUAUUACUCUACAUAUUUUUCUUUUACAUUCAUCUGACUGUGUUAAACCGUUCUGGCAAUGGUGAUGGUUUUUAUAGUUCUGCUUUUCAGUCACAAUUGAUCGGAAAUAGCCUACACAACGCAAGUAUGCCACGACAGGUUGCCUACGGUGCGAUUGUAACUUUAAAAAACCACCGAACAGGAGGUGGAUAUUUACAUUCACAUUAUCAUUUAUAUCCUGAAGGAGUUGGAGCACGUCAACAGCAGAUUACGACUUACACUCAUAAAGAUGAUAAUAAUAAAUGGGUGAUCAAAAAAUACAACACCGAAGAUGUUGACGGGAUAGAUAUCGUAAAGAGCGGUGACUUGGUGCGUUUGGAACAUGUGCAAACACGGCGUAAUGUUCAUUCGCACAAGGAGAGUGCACCGGUUACCAAAAAGCAUUAUCAGGUAACAGGCUAUGGCGAAAACGGCACAGGUGAUGCUAAUGACAUUUGGCGGGUUACACUAAUUGGGGCGAACGACGGUGCGGAACUUACGGCAGUCAGUGGAAAGUUGAAAUUAGUGCAUUAUUUACAAUCUUGUAUACUCACUACCAGCGGUAAACAAUUACCUAAAUGGGGAUAUGAGCAGCAGGAAGUAUCUUGUAAUCCUAAUCUACGUGAUAGUAACGGUGUUUGGAAUGUUGAGGAAAAUAUUUUUGAAAAACUUCCUAAUGUUAGUUUUGACCUGUAUGCGCCUUCAUUUAUUGAGAGGUUCUUCGAAUCGCACGCUGUUAUGUUCCAAGGAAAUGCUGGACUGAAACCUAAGGAAGGAGAGAUUACAUCACGGCCUUGGCAAUGGCCUAUUAACUACAGGGGCCAAUUCUUCUCGGGAUCCACAUACAGAAUUUACCUACUGGGUAAUCCUGUCAUCUGGUGGGGAAAUUUAGUUUUCCUCAUCUUAUUCAUCAUUAUUUUUGCAAUCAACGCCAUUAAACAACAAAGAGGUUACCUUAAAUCAAUAACCGAUUUUCACAAUGGAAAACUAGUGGCGUGUGCGUGGCUCUUCGUCGGAUGGAUGUUGCAUUAUGUACCCUUUUGGGCAAUGGGCCGCGUUUUAUAUUUCCAUCAUUAUUUCCCAGCUUUAAUUUUCAGCUCAAUGAUCACGGGCAUUAUUCUGGAUUAUUUACUCGAAGAAGUUCCGAAAUUGUUUCCGGAACAUAUCUCCAACACGGUACAUCAUAUUUUGCUGGCGGUUAUCUUGUCGACAAUAAGCUACAGUUUUAUUUUGUUCUCGCCGCUGGCGUAUGGCAUGAGUGGGCCAACUUCUAACGAGGUUAAUUCUACUAUGUAUGGACUGAAGUGGUUGGACAGUUGGGAAUUUUGAGAUUAUUUUAUUGAGGUUAUUUAAAUACUGCACUGAAUUUUAUAAUAUUUAUUCUUGUAUUAAUAAAGGUUAUGAGAAUUUAAAA